GCGCUUUCAUUCUGCAAUUCCCCGACUGUCACCGACGCCCGCAAGUGUUCCGCUCGCUGUCGUCCGUUUUCCGUCGAGAGACCAGCCAGAGCCUUCGACCGAUCGACUGACCUCUUUUCGUUCGAAGCUUCGGGCUCCGCACCAGACAGACCCAAAAUGACUGGUGCCGCAGGGAACUCGUACAUGUCCAUGGCGACGCCCAACGACGUCAAGAACUACACGAACGACGUUGGCCAGAUCCAGUGGGCGCAGGUGCCGCUGAACGCCGCGCUGGACAAGCUCAAGACGUCCCGCGAGGGUCUGACGUCGGAUGAGGCCGAGAAGCGUCUGGCCGAGUACGGCCCGAACAAGCUGCCGGAGGAGAAGGUGAACAAGCUGACGCUGUUCCUGGGCUUCAUGUGGAACCCGCUGUCGUGGGCCAUGGAGGUGGCCGCCAUCCUGUCGAUCGUGCUGCUGGACUACGCCGACUUCGCGCUGAUCCUGUUCCUGCUGCUGCUGAACGCGUGCAUCGGCUACUUCGAGGAGGUGCAGGCCGGCGACGCCGUGUCGGCGCUGAUGGGCCAGCUGGCCCCGGAGGCAAAGGUGUUCCGUGACGGGGAGAUUAAGAAUAUUCCGGCGGACCUGCUGGUCCCCGGCGAUGUGCUGCGUGUGCGUCUGGGUGACGUGAUCCCGGCCGACCUCAAGUUCCUGGAGGGCGACGCGGUCAAGGUGGACCAGUCGUCGCUGACGGGCGAGUCGCUGCCGGUGACCAAGAACGAGGGCGACGAGGGCUACUCGGGCUCGGUGGUGAAGCAGGGCGAGAUCGAGGCCGUCGUGACGAGCACGGGCAUUAACACGUUCCUGGGCCGCGCCGCCGAGAAGAUCGCUACGGCGGACUCGCACGGCCGUCUGCAGAUGGUGCUGACGACGGUGGGCAACUUCUGCAUGGUGUCGAUCCUGUUCUGGUGCGUGGUGGAGCUGCUGGUGCAGAUGGCCGGCCGCACGUCGCAGAACCCGUGCGUCAUCGUGACGGACGGCUGCCUGGGCGUGGCCAACAUCCUGGUGCUGAUCGUGGGCGGUAUCCCCGUGGCCAUGCCGACGGUGCUGUCGGUGACGCUGGCCAUCGGUUCGUCGGCGCUGGCGAAGGAGAACGCCAUCGUGACGCGUCUGACGUGCAUUGAGGAGAUGGCCAGCAUGGAGGUGCUGUGCUCGGACAAGACGGGCACGCUGACGCUGAACCAGCUCUCGGUGGACAUGGACAACCUGAUCCCGUACAACAACUUCACGGCGGAUGACAUCCUGAAGUACGGCGCUCUGUCGGCGCGUACGGAGAACAACGAGGCCAUCGACGUGGUGUGCCACAACACGUACCCGGGCAAGGACACGAUGUGGCAGGAGUACACUCUGCUGCACUACACGCCGUUCGACCCCACGACGAAGCGCACGAUUGCCAAGCUGAAGGACAACCGCACGGGCGAGAUCCUGCGUGCCGUGAAGGGUGCCCCGCAGGUGGUGCUGGACAUGGACGUGAACGCGGACACGCUGCGCGUGGAGGUGGAGGACCGCAUCAACGAGUUCGCUUCGCGCGGGUACCGUGGUCUGGGUGUGGGUAUUUCUCGCAGCGGCGACGUUCCGGUGGAGGAGUGCGAGUGGCAGAUGAUCGGUCUGCUGCCGCUGUUCGACCCGCCUCGCCACGACACGGCCGACACGGUGAAGAAGGCCAUUGCUCUGGGUAUCGCUGUGAAGAUGGUGACGGGUGACCAGAAGGCCAUUGCCGUGGAGACGUGCCGUCAGCUGGGAAUGCCGACGAACAUCCUGGACACUUCUUUCUUCAACACUGCGCCGCCUCCUGGCCUGAACCUGGCGCAGAUGAUCUACGACACGGACGGCUUCGCUCAGGUGUUCCCGGAGCACAAGUUCGAGAUCGUGAAGCACCUGCAGUCGCUGGACAAGGUGGUGGGCAUGACGGGUGACGGUGUGAACGACGCUCCGGCCCUGGCUCAGGCCGACAUUGGUAUUGCUGUGGACGAUGCGACGGACGCUGCGCGUGCUGCGGCCGACAUCGUGCUUGUGUCGCCCGGUCUGAGUGUGAUCAUCACGGCCAUCCGCAUGAGCCGCGAGAUCUUCCUGCGCAUGAAGAACUACGCCAUGUACUCGAUCGCCAUGACGGUGCGUAUCGUGUUCACGUUCGGCAUCCUGACGGUGGCGUGGAACUGGUACUUCCCUCCGAUCCUUGUUGUGAUUCUGGCCAUCCUGAACGACGGCACCAUUCUGACGAUCUCGAAGGACAACGUGGUGGCGUCGCCGCACCCGGACUCGUGGAAGCUGAAGGAGGUGUUCAUUUCGUCGAUCUCGUUCGGCCUGUGGCUGACGCUGUCGACGGUGGUGCUGUUCGCGAUCGUCAACAACUCGAGCGGAUUCGAGAGCACGGGCGUGGAGAACCUGUGCGUGAGCUGCAUGAAGAACGAGUGCCACGACUUUUUCCAGGACCAGUACCAGACGUGCGUGAUGGAGAACAACGCGACGGGCUGUGGUGAGAUGACGGGCAGCGUGCCGCAGGCCGCUAGCAUCGCGGACGUGGGCGACUUCCGUGAGAAGGCGAUCGACGCGUACUGGACGCAGUACCAGGAGAAGUACGACUCGCGCUCGAAGCUGUUCGAGGACCUGGCGGACGUGCACCUCAACUCGCUGCCGAACGACGCGAAGCCGUCGGCCGAGGUUGCGUACAACCAGUACGUGUACGCUUACACUAUGGGCGCUGGCGGUGCCGCUUACGAGGGCGACUACGACGUGUUCACGGCGGCUCAGCUGGGCAAGGGUGUGACGUUCAUCGGCAACGACGAGGUUCCCAUCACGAACCAGGUUGGCUUCUGCGACUACGUGUGGGGCUUCAGCAACUGGAACCAGACGUGGACGCGCGACAACGAGAUGAUCGGCCCCGGCAUCCAGCGCAAGGAGGGUGUGCUCCGUUCGCUGGUGUACCUGCAGGUGUCUAUCUCCGGCCAGGCGCUGAUCUUCGUGACGCGUACUGCCGGCACCAACAACUGGUUCUUCGCUGAGAAGCCGUGCAACCUGCUUCUGAUUGCUUUCGUGUUCGCUCAGAUCGUGGCCUCGGUGAUCGGCUGGAUCGGUUUCGGCGGCUACCCGACGGACCGUAUUGCCGUGAUCGGCUGCGGCGGCGGCUACACGCUGAUUGCCUGGCUGUGGGCCAUCGUGUGGCAGUUCCCGCUUGACCUGAUCAAGUUUACGGUGAACUACAUCUUGACGAAGAACACGUACGCCAGCAAGGCGUUCACGGAGCGCAUCAACGCGGGCCACCCGACGAUGACGCACUCUGUGGUGACGAACACGCAGCGUUCGAUCCGCGCCAGCCGCACUGUGUAAGCAGUUCGUGUGUUUGUGGGUCGCAUGCGUAGGCAGUGGCAGUGCUGUGGCGAGAAGAGGAGUCGAUAGAAGGCUCACUUGCGCCUCGGACUGUCGCGGCAACUUUGCAGGUGGACUUCAAGGCGCUGGCCGUCCUGCGCAUGGUUGCGCGGGCAGUCGUCUUCCUGGAGUCCACAAGUGCAACGUGCAUGCUGUAGAAUUACUCAAAAAAUGUAGGUAGAAUACAAAGUCAUUUUUCCUGCAA